AUGCCAUGUUCCAUCACAAGAAACUCCACAUUGAGAGAUCCCAUCAUGACAAACCGUCGUUUGGUCUACGAUUAUGGACGAGCCAAAUUUGAUGAUCUAAGAAAACGUCUAACGGACAUGGACAUAUGUUCUCUCAUGAGAAACAAUGUAACGGAAACGAGUAUCGAUGAUGAUUGGUCAAUUUGGAAGAACACUGUGAUGACUGCUGUUCAUAAUUGUAUUCCCACUAAGUAUAUAGACCUGCGUCGCUCACCACCUUGGAUAACACCAAACAUCUUGCACCAGAUUCGUAAAAAAGCAACUGCCCGUAAGAAAUUUCUACAUAAAGGAACGGACUAUCUCAAAGAAAAGUUUAGCAGAUUACGAAGCGAGGUCAAAAAAGUUAUACAAGAAAGCAGAGAGUCAUUUUUCGCUUCCUUGGGCAGCUUUUUAAAGGUGAAUCCCAACCGUUUUUGGUCCGUAUUCAAAUUUAAUUCAAGUUCUGGAAACAUACCGAACUCUGUCUCAAGAUUCGACAAUAACAAUCCUGGGAGUAGAUUACAAGCUAAUACACCUAGUGUACUAGCUAACACACACAUUGCGACGAUGUUUAAUGAGUACUUUCAAUCUGUCUACACCUGCUUUAAGGAUCUAUCACCUUCGUUUCAACCAGAUUCAUCUUCCCCAUUAUCCAGCAUUUCAUCAAUUGACCUAUCGGUAGAAGUUUUCCAAGCCUUGCAGAACUUAGAUCCAUCAAAGGCUCAUGGUCCUGACGGGUUUCCUUCACGCAUUCUAAAAGAAUGUGCCUUCCAACUAGCUCCAUCACUUCAUCAUCUAUUCACUAAGUCGCUCUGCUUAUCGCAGGUUCCAGCCGAGUGGAAGUUAGCCAACAUUGUUCCCCUACACAAAAAAGGACAAAAAGAUCAUGUGGAAAAUUACCGCCCUAUUUCAUUGCUAUCAAUCAUAAGCAAGGUCCUUGAAAGAUGUGUCCUCAAUCAUGUAUCCUACCAUAUUCAGUCCAACAUUAAUUCCGCGCAGUACGGUUUCGUUAACGGUAAAUCAAGCACAGCUCAGUUAUUAUCAAUAUUAAAUAUUAUUGGAAAGAACUUGGAUAAGGGAUUACAAACUGAUGUUGUUUUUAUGGAUAUUGCUAAGGCUUUCGAUACCGUUGACCACUCCAAACUGUUGCAAAAGCUGCAGGAAUUCGGUUUUUCUGGUUCUCUCCUCCUGUGGUUUAAGGAUUAUUUAUCCGGACGCUUCCAACGAGUAACUGUUCACGGUGCUACGUCGACCACUUUAUCCAUUACUUCUGGGGUUCCACAAGGAUCGUUAUUGGGUCCCUUUCUCUUCUCUGUAUAUAUCAGUGACUUACCUAGCUAUGUAUCAUCUAUCUACUGGGGUCGGACUGUUUGCUGA